AUGCCAAAGUACAAUCUCGAUCAUUUUUACCCAGUGCACCUGAGCGAGGUUUUUAAUGGCAGGCUUCAGACAGUGGCCAAACUGGGCUAUGGUUCAUCCUCGACCAUCUGGCUUGCCCGCGACCUUGAAGACCAUCAGUACGUAGCUCUCAAAGUCUACAUCCACAACUCUGUCGAGCAUCGAGAGCUGCCAUUCUACGAGCACCUGAACACCGUCCUCCCCACCAGCAAACACGUGGGAGCCGACAACGUCAGGAAGCUUCUGGCCUCCUUUGAGGUCUCUGGUCCUCAUGGAAAUCACAUCGUCCUCGCUCUCCAGGUCUCACAAAUGAGUCUGCGUGAUAUGGACACUGUCUUCAUGAAGGAUCGUGGCUUCGAAGAGGACUUUGUCAAGAGCGCGCUAUCAAAGAGCUUCUCCAAGCUGUUGAUUUCCUUCAUACAGAGGCUCAAGUCGUCCACACUGUCAUUAGACAUCCAUCCUGGCAACCUCCUCCUUGGUCUAGAGGAUAACUCGCUCUUCAAGAAGCUCGAAGACAACGAAUUCUCAAAUCCUGUUCCUCGUAAGGAACUACCAGGCCGGAACAUUUACUUUUCCCGCCUGAUGAAACCCAAGGCAUGGGACCUCCUUGAGGGACGGACUCUCUUCAGCGCACGCAAAGAAGACGGUAGCUUCUCAGAUGGUGUUCACCUAUCCGAAUUCAUCGCUGCUCUCGGCCCCCCACCCGCCCAGCUCCUCAACCGGCAUCGCGAGAGGGCGCGCGAGUAUUGGAACGAAGACUGUAUUUCUGUCAGUUUACUCUCCGCGUAA